GGCGUUCGCGCAACAUGGCGCGUGUGAUCGCGCUUCUCUUAUUGUGCAGCGUCGCGCGCGCAGAAAUUUUAACACCCCCGUACUUUAACUUAGCGCUUGGAAAAAAGAUAACUGCAACAGCGACCUGUGGAGAUGAAGGUCCCGAACUUUACUGCAAACUCGCCGGCGCCAACGCUGAUCACGAUGAACACGUUAUUCAAGGACAGGUUUGCGACAUAUGUGACUCAACAAACGAAGCUAAGAAACAUCCGCCAGAAUUUGCAGUCGACGGUAUGGAAACAUGGUGGCAAAGUCCUCCGCUAUCGAGAGGCAUGAAAUACAACGAAGUCAAUCUCACCAUUGAUCUGGGCCAGGAAUUCCACGUGGCGUAUGUGUUUGUCCGAAUGGGGAAUUCACCAAGACCGGGUCUAUGGGCGCUGGAAAAGUCUACGGACUAUGGAAAGACAUUCAAGCCUUGGCAAUAUUUUUCUGAUUCUCCUCAAGACUGUGAAAGAUACUUCGGAAAAACAAGUCUGCAACCUAUCACAAACGACGACUCAGUAAUAUGUAGCACCGAGUACUCGAAGAUUGUCCCAUUGGAAGGCGGAGAAAUCCCCAUCUCACUGCUAAACUACCGUCCAUCGGCAAACAAGUACUUUAACUCAUCAGUAUUACAAGAAUGGACCCGUGCGACAAACGUAAGACUUCGUCUGCUGAGAACGAAGAACUUACUGGGCCACCUUAUGUCCGUGGCACGACAAGAUCCCACUGUUACAAGACGAUACUUCUACAGUAUAAAAGACAUCAGUAUCGGUGGUCGCUGCAUGUGCAACGGACAUGCAGAUACUUGUGACCCAGCUGAUCCAGAAAGUGAUGCAAGUAUUUUGGUGUGUCGUUGUCAACACAACACUUGCGGUCCCCAGUGUGCUGCCUGCUGUCCCGGUUUUGAGCAGAAGAAGUGGCGUAUAUCACAGAAUUGGGACCGAUUUUCUUGUGAACCUUGUAAUUGCCACAAUCACACUACGGAAUGUGAAUAUGACCCUGCAAUUGAUGAAAAAAGAUUAUCACUUGAUAUCCAUGGCCGGUAUGAAGGUGGAGGAGCUUGUAAGAACUGUCAGCAUAAUACGGAAGGCAUCAACUGCAACAAAUGCCAACCUACAUUCUAUCGCCCCUAUGGGAAAAAGUGGGAUGAAAUUGAUGUGUGCCAACCUUGUAACUGCGACCUCCACUAUUCUACUGGUAACUGUGAGGAGGAAACAGGUCGUUGUGAAUGUAGACGCGAGUUUAACCCUCCUAAUUGUGACUCCUGUGCAUAUGGGUACUUUGACUAUCCCAAUUGCAAGCCAUGCACUUGCAACUUAAAUGGAACAGAGGGACAGCAUUGUACUCCUACAGAUGGAGUGUGCCCGUGCAAAUAUAAUUAUGCUGGCCAAUCUUGUGAGAUUUGCGCUGAUGGAUAUUACUCACCAGAAUGUAAAAACUGUGAAUGUAACACUGUUGGAUCAGUCUCACAAGUGUGUGACAAGAACUCAGGUAACUGUACAUGUAAAAGCAAAUAUAGUGGACGAACUUGCAACCAAUGUGAAGCUGGCUAUUACAACUAUCCAACAUGUAAACAUUGCAAUUGUGACACAAGUGGGACUCAACCUAAUAUAUGUGACGACGUAACUGGUCAAUGUAUCUGCAAAGUUGGUUUUGGGGGUGCUCGUUGCGACCAAUGUUUGUCCGGGUUCUACAUGGAAGUUAAAGGUCGCGAGCGGUCAUGCGUUCCUUGUAACUGUUCGCCCACCGGAUCUACUUCAACCAGCUGUUCGGCGGACGGAAAAUGCAACUGUCUUGUCAACUUUGGAGGAAAACAAUGCGAACAAUGCUCACCUGGAUACUACAAAUACCCGGAAUGUCUCCCCUGCAAUUGUGAUGAAUCCGGAAUGAUUGGUUCAACGUGUGACGACAACGGCCAGUGUCAUUGCAAAUCCAACUUCGACGGCACGAAAUGUGAUAAAUGUAAAGAGCAAUUCUACAACUACCCAGCUUGCGAAGAAUGCAAUUGCGAUCCUAGAGGAGUCAUUGCUUCAUUUUCCGGUUGUGGUUCAGUCCCCGCGGGAGAGUUAUGCCAAUGCAAGGACCGUGUACAAGGACGAAUUUGUAACGAUUGUAAAGAUCUUUUCUGGAAUCUCCAAGAAUAUAAUCCGUAUGGAUGUGAAGAAUGCGACUGUAAUUUGGCCGGUACAUUGGGUGGUUUGGGCGCUUGCAACACUCGUAGUGGGCAGUGUACUUGUAAAAUGCACGUUGGCGACCGACAAUGUGACGUAUGCCAGGAUGGAUUUUACAGCCUACAGACACAUGAUCUCUUCGGAUGCACUGCUUGCGACUGCGACAUCGGUGGUUCGAUUGAUAACAACUGUGACAAAACCACUGGGCAGUGUCGUUGCCACUCUCGCGUAGAGGGCAGACGUUGUGACCGUCCAAUUAGAGCUCACUAUUUCCCAACAUUGCAUCAAUUCCAAUACGAAAUAGAGGAAGGGCUCACUCAAUCCGGGCCAGUAAGAUAUAGGAACUCGGAAGAUGUCUUUCCGGGCUACUCGUGGAAGGGAUACGUUGUUUUCUCAUUGUUACAGAAUGAAGUUAUUACCGUAGCCCAUAUUGACAAGUCCUCGCUUUACCGUAUAGUGCUAAAAUACGCGAAUCCUCUACGGGAUCCCGUCACAGCCACUAUUAUUAUAACACCGGAAAGUGUGGUGGACACGCAGCAGAGGUUUAAUGUAUAUCUACGGCCAACAACUCAACCGCAACUUAUGACCGUACAAUUGGAGAAAGGAAACGCUCCGGCCCCAUUCGUAAUGAACGCAGGAAACUGGACUGUCACUAUUAAAACUACAAAGGAGAUUAUGAUUGAUUACUUUGUCCUCGUUCCUGAAGCUUAUUACGAAGCGACAGUUCUAGUUAAAGUAGUUGAUAAGCCCUGUAUUAUUGGAGACAAGAAACUGUGCAGACACUUUGCCUACCCCAGCCUUGGUGGGAGACCCACUGCUGACGUUACAACAUUGGUGACACCAGUAAAUGAAUAUAUCAAUGACCUUGAUCAACUAAAAGAGUACAGCGCUGGACCAAAUGAUAUACCGCUAUUGAACGAUGCUCAGAGCGAGCUUCAAUUCAAUCUCAAGAUAGACCCAAGUGGUCCUUACAUCCUAAUAAUCGAAUACGUCACACCAGUAAACAAAACCGCGUUGACAACUAUCUCACAAUCGAACGACGACUCCUACAAUUUCUCUCCAAAGGGAAUAGUGGCCAUAAAAUUCAAGUCUGGAGAUGGUCAGGAGUCAUACGCCUUAGCCAAUUUAAAUGAUUGUCCAUUCACAUCACCCUGUAGGCAGGUUAUUUUGGAUGAUCUCUCGAAGAUCUAUGUGUUUAAUGUUCAAGAUGCUAAUAAUGUUGUGUACAUAGAUGGUGAUAUUGGUACGUUAGCGGGUAUUAAGUCAAUAGUUGCCAUACCAGAGGCUGAGUGGCACUUAGACUACAUAACCCCACGCCCAUAUUGUCUAAGACGCGAAGGGAAAUGCGUUCCUGCUGUAUUCUCUGCUGCCGUUGACUCUAAAAAGGUUGAAAUCGAGUCUGGACUGGGCGGCGACCGUGAAACCCGUCCACAAAUUCUUGACAACUCCACCGCUGUCGUUUAUUUGACGUCUCAAUCAGAACCCAUCAAAAUUGAAUCUAAAGUUCCGAAGCCAGGGGAUUAUAUAUUUGUUGUACACUAUUAUCAACCAAUUGACCCAGAAAGUGCAAUCGAUGUAUCAUUGACGACUGAAGGUCAAAACUACGACGCCACAGUACCAGUUGAACAUUGCCCUUCUAACUCUGGUUGCAGAGCUUUACUAACAUUAGCUGAUGGAAGCAAGCAAUUCCCAAUUAAUGAAAACUUUACGAUACAAUUUAAGGGCGGUGAAAAGAGUGGAUUAUGGCUCGACUACGUACUAGUCGUGGCGAAAUCAGAUUUUGUUGACAGUGUGCUUAAAGAAGCCAAUAUGGUUGAUUAUACACGUGAAUUCAUUGCAAACUGUACGAUGAAUCAUUAUUACAUUACUUCAAACCAAACUGGAUUUUGCCGAGACGCAAUGUUCUCAAUAACAUCUGAGUACAAUAGCGGUGCUUUGGCUUGUCUAUGUGAUUUUAUGGGAUCAACUGAGUUGGAAUGCAAUACAUUUGGAGGGCAAUGUCCAUGCAAAGGCAAUGUGAUUGGUCGAACCUGUAGUUCCUGCCGAACUGGGUACUACGGCUUCCCUAAUUGCCUCCCUUGUCACUGCCCGUCUACUGCUAUAUGCGAUGAUAACGGCCAAUGUAUAUGUCCGAAGAAUGUGGAGGGUGAAAACUGUGAUCGUUGCAAACCAUACACUUUCAACUUUGAUGUACAGCGUGGCUGUGACGAUUGUAAUUGUAAUCCUCUUGGUGUGGUCGCCAAUCAACUGCAAUGUGAAGGGGACAACGGAAAUUGCGCGUGCAAAGAGAACGUAAUAGGCCGCGUAUGUGACCACUGCGUACCGGGACAUUAUGCAUUCCCAGACUGUUUUCCUUGUACUUGUGACCUUGAUGGAACUACUGAUGAUGUUUGCGACCAGAAUACAGCACAGUGCUACUGUAAAAAACACGUUAGGGGUCAGGCCUGUGAUACGUGUAAAGAGGAGUACUUCAACCUUCAACCUGAAAAUCCUGAAGGCUGCACCAAAUGCUAUUGCUUUGGAAGAACCACUAGAUGUUCCAGUUCUUACUUAUCCUGGGCUGAGAUAAACGGAAUGUCAGAUUGGUACUUGGUGAAUGUCGAGGCGUACAAAACAUUGAAUAUAUUCUCGUUGACCAUUUCCCCAACCGUCCUCAAUGACUCCGUGAUUGGCGCCGAACUCGUCAGCAACGAUGAUGGCUCACAAAAAGUUGUCUAUUUUGGAGCACCGGACUAUUAUUUGGGCAAACGUCUAACAUCCUACGGCGGUUAUCUAACAUACUCCAUUUUCUACACGAGCCGAGAGGAUGGUCACGCAAUUUCGGCCGCUGAUGUAAUAAUUGGUGGUUCAAAUGGCUACAUAGUACACAACAGCAUCGAACAGCCGCCGUCUCUAGAAAACUGGCUUCAUAGUGUCAGGAUGUCUGAGGAUGAAUUCACGAAUCUAGACGGAUCUGCCGUCACAAGGGAUCAGUUUAUGAAUGUUCUGGUUAACAUCACAAGUAUCUACAUCAGAGCCACGUAUUGGCACGAAGCUUUUACUACCAGGCUGAUCGGCGUGACAUUAGACGUGGGCGUAGAAGAAUACGCAGAAGCGGACAGAAGAGCGACUUCGGUAGAAGAGUGUCAAUGUCCUAAGGCGUAUCGAGGUCUCUCUUGUGAACAAUGUGCUGAGGGGUAUUACAGACUUAGCACCGGCCCUCAUGCUGGCUUCUGUGUCCCGUGCCAGUGCAAUGGGCACUCCAAAGAAUGUGAUGUUAAUACUGGAGUGUGUUUGGAGUGUACGGACAAUACAAUGGGUGACCACUGCGAGCAAUGUAUCGAAGGUUAUCAUGGAGAUGCAACUAUUGGCACACCGCGUGACUGUUUGAUCUGUGCUUGUCCAAUGCCAUAUAUCUCCAACAAUUUCGCCAUUGGCUGUGACUUAAGUGAGAAUGGAUCUCUUAUAUCCUGUGUCUGCAAGCCUGGUUAUGGAGGAAUUCGUUGUCAGUUUUGCGCGGCUGGUUACUAUGGCAACCCAGAAGAAAUUGGUGAUUACUGCAAGCCGUGCAACUGUUCUGGCAAUAUUAACACCAACGAUCCGAGCUCGUGUGACAGCGUUUCUGGAGAUUGCCUGAAAUGUGUUAACAACACUGCUGGAGCAGCCUGCAACCUUUGCGCGCCUGGAUUCUUUGGAGAUGCUAUUUUCUCUAAAAAUUGUACAGCGUGCGUAUGCGACGAAUUCGGUAUGGAGCGUUGUGAUCCGACAACGGGUACGUGUGUUUGUCGGACUGGCGUGAUUGGCCCAACUUGUGACCAAUGUGCCCCUAACCACUGGGGUCUGAGUUCUGGCCAGGGUUGUACGCCAUGCGACUGCGCACUUGCUUCUGAAGCCGCACAGUGUGAUGAUAACACCGGACAGUGCAGAUGUGCUGUAGGUGUUACUGGAAGACAUUGUGAGCAGUGCGCUGCUGGUUAUUGGAACUACACUAGACAUGGAUGUGAUCAUUGUAAUUGUAACACGGGUUAUUCGGUCGGCUUCAUGUGCAAUGCUACAGGGCAGUGUGAAUGCUUGCCUGGUGUUAUUGGAGAGAAAUGUGACCGCUGUCCAGAGAGAUGGGUGCUCAUACCUCAGGAAGGCUGCUUAGAAUGCGAUUCGUGCACGGAUGCUUUACUGACAUCUGUAGAAAACAUGAGAGAUCUUUUGGCAAAUGAGACGCUAGAGUUUAAGGACAAAGCUGAUUCAUUCUUUACGACACAGCGUCUGAAUUACAUUUCGAACCAAACGGAACAAUUGAGACCUAAAUUAGCCGAACUAAAGAAUAUUGAUUUAGUCGAGGUAACAUCUGGAGUUAAAACGUUGGAGAACAGCGCCAAAAAUCUUCUAAGAUCUGCUGAAUUUGCGGCAACGGAUAGUGACAAACAAAUAACAAGAGCGGAUGAACUCGCUGCUUCCGCUGAGCAAAUAUUAUCAUCGGUUCGGAAAAAUAGUGAGAAUGCCAAAGAGACGGUUGCGCAUGUGGCAGAACUUGCAACGGGACUUGAGUUAAGCCAACAACCGAAAGUUGAUAGCGCCGUGACAGAAGCCAAACAAAUAAAAGACGAUAUUGCUGCUAAAGACCUAAAACCGAAAGAAGAACAAGCACUGAGCGCAUUCACCAACGCAACAGAACAAAUAGAAAGAAUGAACUUAUUCGUGGAGCCUGUUAAUGAACAUGCUAAGGAAUUCUCAAAAACUGUUAACGCAACUAACAAGGUGAAGGAUAAUCUGGACGAUAUAUUGCAAUAUAUUGAUAUAGCACAGCACAAGGCGUCUGAAGCUGAAACCUUAAAUGAUAAAAACAAGCACUCAAAAUUCGGUAACAAAGUGAUGUCGGUUACAAAAUUGAACGGUGCCGCUAUGAAAGAUCUUAUUGAUGCUGCGUUAGACAUUAACAAUGCUACGUACUACAAUGUGCUGAUGCGAGGUGUGUUACAAAACUUAAGCAAUGUGUUGGAGGACUUGAACAACACAAAGGAGACCAUGGAAACAACUUUAGAAGAAAUUGACGACGAUAUGCCUGAACUUGAAAAUUUGACCAAUGUUGCUUUAACACACGCAAGGGAUUUGAGAACUACGGCUGACAGUCUCCGAGCAUUGGCGGAACGUGAGAAUAAUAACACUCGCACACAACAUGCAUACAGUGCCGCAUCAGCUUACAAAUCCAUCGUUCAAGAGAUCGCGGACGCUAAAAUGGCUGCUGAGGAGGCCGAAGGCGCUAUAGACAACGCUACAAGCAUUAACGAUGACUUAAACGAAAAAGUACUACCAGCACGGGACCGAUCCUUUACUCUAUCAGAGAGGGCUUCAAAGGCACUGCUUCUUGUCGAACAAAUUCUAAGACCUAAUUUGACUCAGGCUGAAGCGAAAUUAAAGAAUGCUACGAAUGUAUUGAACUUCGCUGACGAUCAGGAUAAUGCUGUACAACUUUCUCUACCAAACGCACCACAUACAUCGCUAGAAGACGAAACUGAAAAAGCAGACAGAGUUGCGAGCAUCGUUCGAUCUAGUAGUGGUAUAAUGUCAGAGCUUGGCAAUGAUUUGGCAGCUAGUAAGGAAUGGGCGCAAACUCUACCAAAACUGGCUGAUGAUGCUCAGAAAAUGACUCUCAAUGUUCACAAUUUAAUUAACGACAUCAACGAAAUGAACCCGAAUAUCGAAUCAACAUAUCGUACAGUGAACGUGCAGCAAGAGAGCCUUGAGGAACGUCGGAAAGCUGCUGAUGAGAAGUUACAGAAACUUCAUGAACUGAUUGAGCAGGCUCGGACAGUUGCGAACCGCAUACCAUUUGGUGUGACUUUCGAUACGCAUACAACUCUUCAGCCAAGACUUCCAGACACUGUCGACGAAAUGUCUACUUCUACACAUGUAUCUGCUUACUUCCGUACCAAAGAAAACAAUGGAUUUAUCCUUUACCUCGGAAACCCUAAGGACACAAUGUUACGUAGAACAAAAUCGGAUGAUUUCAUGGUAGUCGGAGUGCAAAAUGGCUACCCAUACCUUGUAAUGGACAUAGGUGACAGCGCGGAGUCUGGCAGAGAUCCAGUCCGCAUUGGUAGCGAGAAAUUCGUAGCAGACAACCGAUGGUACCAAGUUAUUGUGGAUAGAAUCGGACGCAAUGUGAAACUUUCGAUUCGCGAAAACCUCGACAAUGGCUCGGAGAGUGUUCAUGAGAAAGAGGCAGUGUUACCAGGGCAGCAUACAAUAUUCAAUUUGGACCGCGAAAAAUCGAAAUUAUACGUUGGCGGGGUGCCGUCAGACGCAAAACUGCAAGGUGUCAGUUUCCCCGCUUUUGAAGGACAGAUAGAAGAACUAAUGAUUGGUGAUACACCUGUUGGACUAUGGAACUUCCGUACCGCUGCCAAUCUUAAGGGAGCCAGACAGAGAGAUAAGCUUAUAACAUCCCAAUCGGGACCUCAAGAAUAUCGGUUCAACGGCAAAUCUCACGUAACAAUGCCUGGCAGAGGUUUCCUGGGACCUCAAAAGAACCAAGUCUUCCUAUUCUUCAGGACAUACGCUUCAGAUGGUCUUAUUUAUCUUGUGGGAGAAAAUAAACACUUUUUCUCAAUACAAUUGCAGGAGGGACGAGUGUACUUACAGGUAUCUCUUGGAAACACAGACGAUAUGGUCAUACUAGGUACGACAAAGACAUACAACGAUGGCAAAUGGCACAGACUGGACGCGGCCAGAUACUUCAGUUCAUGCUCACUCAAAGUUGACAACGAGAUAUUAAAAAUGGCGUCGACGUCGCCAGUAAAGGAAAUUCCGGCAUUAGAUACAAUGAACUUUGGUGGUAAUAAUAAGGGUAUUAUACAAGUCACAGAUAAAGGAUUCGAUGGAUGCAUACGACAGAUAAGCAUUGAUGGAAUCAACAUAGAUUUGAGCGAUAAUGCCGAGUCUGUUGGCAUUGCUUAUGGGUGUCAGUUCGCCUCGCUGGUGUCGCUCUCUGGUGAAGACAGUUACCUUCGCUUCGUUGAUAUAACCACUGAAAACCUUCAGCUGACCCUCAAAUUCAAAACGUCCAUGCCGGAUGGACUGCUAUUCCUAUAUUUGAGUAGAAUGCAAACCAACACGAUGCCAGAUAGCAUAUCGCUGUCACUUAUCAAAGGAAGUCUUGUACUGAUGAGUCAACGUGAGAGACUCGAUACAGGCAUAAGUACGUACAACGACUCGCAGUGGCACGUGGUAGCUGUCACACAUAGUAACAAGGCUUUACGGCUUGUGGUUGACGAUUUUGAUUACUUUAGCACGGAUACAGCACCGGCGCCAUUGCAUAUAUUAAAUGGUGUCCUAUUCGUGGGAGGAGUUCAACCAGGAUAUGUGGUUGGCGGUAAAGUUGGUUCAAAGGUACCAUUUACAGGAUGUAUAGCCGAUGCGACAAUUAAUGGACGCGUAUUGAACUUAUUGGAGCCAUACAGCAACCACAGCGUUACCUUUGGUAGAUGCGGCACAACCACUACCACGGGUGGAGUACCUCCUGACCAAUCUGCCUGGCCCUCACCACCACAAGUAGAUGUUUUGCCCACUCCAAAUAUUAAUGGAAAUGAAGAGGCUGAAGUGCGUCCUACUGUAGAAAAAGUUAUAGAAUUAGUACCGGAAGAAACGACACUACCCACACCGGAAACAACAUCACGAGCACCAUUCAUACGACCUACUACCACAAAAAUACCACAAGCAAAACCAGAAGCCGGUUGUGCACUUGCUUACGAUCCUCAGUACCACAUUGGAGAUCCGGUAGAAGGAUACCGAUUCGGGUCUCGAAACGAUAGUCGUAUAGAGUACGGAAAGCUCCCAGGCAGGCAAUUGGAAGGUUUUGAUCUUACAAUUACGUUCCGUACGUACGACCAACACGGAGGUUUAAUAUUCUACGCGCGCGCCGAGCGGGCACCAACACAGUUCCUGGCGCUCUAUAUGCAGGAUGCCAAGCUCCAUUUCUCAUUCAACUGCGGCGGUGAGAACGGUGAGGUAGUCUCAAGUCGUACCUACAAUGGAACAGAUUGGCACACAGUCACCUUAGUACGUAAUGGUGGACAUGGCAAAUUAACUGUGGAUUCUGAUCAUGUGGGUGAAACUAGCGUAUCUUGUGUUGCGCCCGCGCACCUAUCACCGCCGUACUACUAUGGUGGGUUAAGCACCUUUAACGGGACUGAAAAGCAGAAUCUUAAAGACUUCUACCAGCCAUUCAAGGGUUGCCUGAAAGGGCUCAUGAUGAACGGGCAAUAUGUUAACGACAUUCGGGCGAGAGUGAACUCGCUUCGUUGUACUGAUAACGUUGAAGAUGGUGUGUACUUUGGACCGUCUAAUAAUGCCCACAGUAAUUACUUAAAGUUAAUGGAGAACUUCAAGGUGGGCUACGAAAUUUCGAUUUCGAUGGAGGUGAAACCUCGGAACUCGACUGGGCUGUUGCUAAGUGUUCACGGGAGGCGAGACUUUAUGAUUCUAGAACUUCUAGAGAAUGAGGUUGUAGCAAAUGUGGAGAAUGGUAAAGGGCCUUUCCACGCGAGCUACAAAUUGGGAGACAAGUUUUCACUAUGCGAUGGAAAUUGGCACAGAAUAUAUGCUGUCAAGUCUCGUCACGUGGUAUCAGUGGGCGUGGACGGACACUUGUCAGACGCUGGUUUAGGUCAAUCUGGAUCCACUGAUACGAGGUCAGCACUGUACAUCGGAGGACACGAACGCCCUGUAUAUAAGGUCAGGGGUGUGCGCUCAAGACGCGGCUUCACGGGGUGUAUUCGUAAUAUUGUGAUUAAUAACACGCCAAUUCACAUACCCCUAAAUGCCGCUAAACGCAACACGCAUAUCGGCGUAUGUCCUAACGACUAAAUUUAUAUGAAUAUGUAAUUUCCCUAAUCAAAUAUAAUCUAAUAAAGCAGCCAUAUUGUUGAUUUUACUUUUUACAAAAUAACUACAAUACUUUUUAAUAAAUAAGGAUGCUAAUGUGUAUUACUUUCCGAAACAUGUAAUUUUUUACUAUAUACUUCAAUAAAUAUC